AUGGUUGAAAUGAAUACGGACACGCGUCCCGUGAGGUGUGACAUACCCACACAAAAUUCGGACGUUGAUUGCUCGGAAAAUCAAGGUUCUGACGCUGAAAGUGUUGGUAAACAGAUUCCUGAUUCUACUUUCAUCCGUUGUCAAAACGGCGAAGAAGAAAGCGACAAAGGCAGCGAAGGCCACAAUUUGGACAAUAAUCCCAGAAAGAAAAAACAUCGUCGAGGGAAACAACCCGCUCGCAAAUGGAGACCUUAUAACAAAUUAAGUUGGUCUGAAAGACAGGCCGUAGAUGAGAGAGAAUCGCGACGGGCGACAAAAAAACGAGAAGAAGCUUUCGCAUCGGGACAUCCCCGGGCUCCGUUCAAUACGACACAAUUUCUGAUCGAUGAUCACAUCACUUACCAAUCUGUCCUGUCCCCAUGCGGUCAUGAUGAGGUCAAUUUAAAAGGUGUAAAGGUUGGUGUAUAG